UGUGUGUCUGUUUUCCUCAGCUGAACAUCCAUGUGGGGAACAUUUCUCUGGUGGACCAGUUUGAGUGGGACAUGUCUGAGAGAGAGAACUCCCCCGAGUCCUUUGCCCUGAAGCUGUGCUCUGAGCUGGGUCUGGGGGGGGAAUUUGUUACCACCAUCGCCUACAGCAUCCGCGGUCAGAUAAGCUGGCACCAGAGGACCUAUGCCUUCAGUGAGAACCCCCUCCCGACAGUAGAGAUAGCCAUCCGCAACACAGGAGAUGCAGACCAGUGGUGCCCCCUACUGGAGACCCUCACAGACGCUGAGAUGGAGAAGAAGAUCCGAGACCAGGACAGGAACACCAGGUGA